CCACUACCCUCAAGGUCCAGGGCAUGGGGCUAAAAGCUUCCAGUCCAGUGCAACGCAGGACCCUUCUGGGAUAAAGGACGGCCACCUGAACAAGGAGACUCCAAGCUUUGAUUUUUAAAAAUUCUUUCUCGGACCCUCCUGGCCCUGCUUCUAGCUCCAGGGUCCCAGAGUGCUUGCAAAGGGCUCCCAUCUGAUCCAGCAUUCCAGGGAGAUUCCCGGGACCAUGGGGGAAGCCCUCCCAUAAAGAGAUCCUUGGAGAAAAAGCAUGUGAAAAGUUUCAAGUGGUGUAAGGCAGCCAAGCAGGAGGAAAGUAGGUUUUCUUGGAUUUCAUUGACAGGAGAUAAACACUUCUAAAGGACCAUGAACACAAUGAGCCUGGCCUGCCUGGUCCUGGCUGCUUUAGUAGGAGUUGCUGCUGGCAAAGCAGAUGACUUAGGGAGCAGUGAAGAGGGUAGGGAACAAGAAUUUGUUUAUCUGAACAGGUAUAAGAGAGCCAGUGACUCCCAGGACAAGUGCACCUACACAUUUAUUGUGCCACAACAGAGAGUCACUGGGGCUAUUUGUGUCAACUCCAAGGAACCGGAGAUUCAGCUGGAAAACCGUGUACACAAACAAGAACUAGAGCUACUGAACAAUGAGCUUCUAAAGCAGAAGAGACAGAUCGAGAGUUUGCAGCAGCUGGUAGAGGUAGAUGGUGGCAUAGUCAAUGAAGUCAAGCUUCUCCGGAAGGAGAGCCGGAACAUGAACUCUCGGGUCACGCAACUCUACAUGCAACUCCUGCAUGAAAUCAUUCGCAAACGGGACAAUGCAUUAGAGCUCUCCCAGCUUGAGAAUAAGAUACUAAACCAGACGGCUGACAUGCUACAGCUUGCCAACAAAUAUAAGGACCUGGAGCACAAGUAUCAGCAUUUGGCCACUCUGGCCAACAACCAAUCUACCAUCAUUGCUCAGCUGGAAGAACACUGUCAGAGGAUGCCAGCUGCCAGACCCAUCCCACAGCCUCCUCCUCCUCCACCACCAAACCGGGUCUAUCAGCCUCCCACUUACAAUCGAAUCAUCAACCAGAUUUCCACCAAUGAGAUUCAGAGUGAUCAGAACUUGAAGGUGCUUCCCCCAACCCUUCCCACAAUGCCCACAGUCACCGGCAUCCCAACUUCAACUGAUAAACCAUCUGGUCCAUGGAGAGACUGUCUUCAGGCACUGGAGGAUGGCCAUGACACCAGUUCUAUCUACCUUGUGAAGCCUGAAAACACUAACCGACUUAUGCAGGUUUGGUGUGACCAGAGACAUGACCCUGGGGGCUGGACUGUCAUACAGAGGAGACUAGAUGGAUCUGUCAACUUUUUCCGAAACUGGGAGACUUAUAAGCAAGGAUUUGGUAACAUUGAUGGAGAGUACUGGCUGGGUCUAGAGAACAUUUACUGGCUCACAAACCAAGCCAACUACAAAUUACUUGUAACAAUGGAAGACUGGUCUGGCCGAAAAGUCUUUGCUGAAUAUGCAAGCUUCCGCUUGGAGCCAGAGAAUGAAUACUACAAGUUGAGACUGGGGAGGUAUAAUGGCAAUGCUGGCGACUCCUUCACCUGGCACAACGGGAAGCAGUUCACCACUCUGGAUAGAGACCAUGACGUCUAUGCAGGAAAUUGUGCUCACUACCAGAAAGGAGGAUGGUGGUACAAUGCCUGUGCCCACUCCAAUCUCAAUGGGGUCUGGUACCGAGGAGGACAUUAUCGCAGUCGCUAUCAGGAUGGAGUCUACUGGGCUGAAUUCCGAGGAGGGUCUUAUUCUCUUAAGAAAGUGGUAAUGAUGAUUAGACCAAAUCCCAACACAUUCCACUAAAAGAAGUUUCUCUCUUCCAACCUUGGACUCCCAUCUGCCACCACCCAACCUGAGCAAAAGCUGAGCAAGCUCUCCAGAAAUCAUCUCUUCUGCAGCCUAGAAUGCCAGGUCUUUGAGGUUUGUUACAAGGAAGCAAGGACUUGUUACUGCAUCUGAUUUUCAUAAACCAUUGCCACAGAUAAUUGAAUUCCAAUGAUGCAGUAUUCUUUGCCCAUGAGACCUUUCUUCAUGCCAGGAAGCAACUAAUGUAGCCCGUUCUUAUAGACAGAAGAGGAAAAGGAUAAGACUGCAGAUAGUUUUUCUAAUGAAUUAGCUUUCAAUACUGGGAACACCUAAUAGAGUAUUUUUACUUUACAUAAGUGUAUAUUUGAAUAUACACUGUUUCUUCCAUGCAUAUGUAUACAUAUAUAUGCAUGCAUGGUUUCAGUUCUCAUGUGUUUGAGCUACUAUAAACUGGUCAAUUAUCCUUGUCACAGGAAACUGUCUCAUUUGAAGCAAUGUACAGCAGUUGACAAACCAAACAUAAGUGAGUUUAAACUCAAUUUUUGCUUCAUUAUAUCCAAUCAAGAAAGGAUGCACUUGAAUAGCCCAAGGAGUGAAUGCGUGUCCACUAUUGAAAGACACUCAUUGCACUAGAUGACCUCUGAAGUCCCUUCCAAUUCUGAGACACUACUAUGGUUCAUUGAAUGGUCCUUGGAAUCGUCCUUAGUAUUAGUCUCAGAUACAGCAGGUUCUCAGCUUUCCCUGUCAAGCCAUCCUGUUGGUAUUCAAACAAGUUUCAGGGACUUUCUUUCCAUUUCUACACUUCCAUUUCUCCCUUUUUCCCUGUUGCAUCCUCAGUAUCUCUAUUUUUUCAGCACGACAAAGCACAAAUCUUCUCUCCUCCUCAGUGACUGCUAAUGUCCUUAACUGUGUUUUCCCAUUUCUUAUAGCCAUGCAGGCUCCAACCUUCUCCUCUUAGCAGUACCUUCUGGACAAGGAAUUUUUUUCAGAAUGAAGUCUUAGGUCUCCUAAGGCCCCUGAGCAGGAAGUGGAUUGGACCCUGGUAUGUGGUCAGGAAAGGAGUCAGUGUUAUAAUCUUAACCACCUACUAUAUAAAUCAAGAGUGAAUUUUCAUUCAUAUUUUGGCCAACACAUCAUUUCAACCUUCACAUAAAUAACAGCCUACAUCUUCUACCAUGUGCUGUAUCUAAGUUUGGUCAGUAUCUAGAUAGUAAGCCAGAAAAUGGCUCCAGACCAAAAACCAACCCACCAGGGCUGGAACACCAACAGACAAUACCAACAAAACAGUGAUGCCAGAUCUCUAGAUAGAAGAUCACUUCAUUCUGAGAAAGUUAGGUUAUCAGGAAUAAGACUAUCCAAUUAAUUAGCCUGCCAUACUUUUCAAUAUGGAAUUUGCCAGUUUGUGAAGAAUACAACUGUCUUACAGAUCCUGUCAAUCUUGCCAUCUGAUGUCAUUUUCUAGCUUACUUUUAUCAUAAGACAUGUUGCAAAACAAAAUAAUAUGAUGGGCUAACAAUUAGUGAAGUUCUUGGCAGUUCAGCAUAUCACACAAUAAAUCUGUGAGAUCCCCAUGCCUUAUUAUAUACUGUACAUACACGUGUGUGUGCUUGUUCCCCUUAUUACCUCAGUAUUUCUCAAAAAAAUGUAUGAUGUGUAUUAAAGUGAUGUCUGUUGUAGCAUGUGUUGUAUAUAUAAAAAGUAGGUUUUUUAAUAUAUUCCCAGAUUAUCCUUGUAAUGACACAAAUCUGCAAUAAAAAUCCACAAAUGCUA